UUAAGACAUGUCUCAGCAAAAUUACUUAAUAGAAGGGUUCGAAACGUAAUUAUUUUGCUUAGUGAAAGUAGUAAGUGAACUUAAUUUCGACAGCUAGCAUGCAUGCUAGCAGGCUCGUUGAAAUGAGACUGCGUCAUUUAUAAAGACUGUUUCUACACAUAAUUACUGGCAAACACAAUUCACAUUCAUCAUUGUUUGUGGUGGCAAUAAAAGGAUCAUGGACUGGAAUCCCUCAGCUAUACAGGUUGGCCUCUUGGCUACCAGCUCGGCCCUGACUGCUGUCUUCUACAAUGUCUACAGGAACAAAGCAGCAACAGUGACCAAAUUAAAGGAAGCCAAUAAAGUUUCAAUUGACCAGGAUUUGAAAAUGAUCCUUUCUGAAACACCUGGAAGAUGUUUCCCUUACGCUGUCAUCGAAGGUGUGGUGAGGUCUGUGAAGGAAACUCUGAACAGCCAAUUUCUUGACAACUGCAAAGGUGUCAUUGAGCGACUGACUUUAAAGGAGGAGAAAAUGGUGUGGAAUCGCACAACUCAUCUUUGGAACAACACUCAAAAAGUCAUCCACCAGCGCACCAACACAGUUCCAUUUGUACUCGGCCCCCACGAUGAGGACAUUGCCGCCACCGUACGCAUCAUGCGCCCGCUAGACGCUGCGGAGUUGAACUUGGAAACCACAUAUGAGAACUUUCACCCUGCAGUGCAAUCACUGUCCAGUGCUAUUGGCAAUUUCAUCAGCGGCGAGCGACCCAAAGGCAUUCACGAAACGGAGGAGAUGCUACGAGUAGGGGACAGCGUCACGGGGGUAGGGGAGCUAGUUCUGGACAAUAACGUCAUAAAGCUGCAACCCCCGAAGCAAGGCUUCUGUUAUUUUCUCACUCGGCUGGACUACGACGCUCUCCUGAGAAAGCAGGAGAGAGAUGUCAAGCUGUGGAGGAUUCUGACUGUACUCUUCGGCAUCGCUGCCUGUUCUACCGUCUUCUACAUUCUGUGGAAGCAGUAUGCGUGCCACAGACAGAGGAAGCGUGUCAGGCGCAUGAUUCAAGAGUUUGAGGAACAAGAGAGGAAAAGUAAAGGUGAUCAAAAUUUGGAGGACAGCAGUGUGCAAGCUAGCAGAUGCACAGUGUGUUUGUACAAAGAGCGCUCUUGUGUCUUUCUGGAGUGUGGUCAUGUGUGCACGUGCACGAGAUGCUACGAGGCUCUGCCAGAGCCAAAGAAAUGUCCCAUUUGCAGGGCAACUAUAGACAGAAUGGUGCUCAUAUACAAUAUUUAAUGAUAAUGAGGGCAAAUUUUAUCACACUGACCCUCUUGCUCAAUCGUCAUGUUAAACUUUACUUGUUUUUAUGGCUGUACACACCUGAUAAAAUUUUCUUGAGCAAAUACUUUGUAUUCAUUUGGGGGGGAUUAUGACAAAGUGUGAAGGUUGUGAACUCAUCAUCCAAUCCAUUUAGACAGGAAGGGGUAAAUGAAUGCCCAUUUUAGGUCACCUUUGAUUAACAUUGUAUAAGUUAAUAAAUAUAUAUUUUUUUAAAUGUAAUUAUUAAUUUAAAAAUAUUCAUUCAUUCAAUCUUCCGAGCCGCUUAUCCUUACGACAGCCAUGGCUAAUUUAAAGAUAAUAAUAGCUAUUUUUUUUAUUUUUGGAUGACCAAAAGGUUUUAAAGCGAUACAUAGCUAGAAAGACUUGUAGUUCUUAAAAGAUAAACGUUAUUAUGAGUUAAAAUAAUUUGAUAUUGAAACCCCUCUUGAUGUUUUCGUUUUUAUACAAUUUGUAAAAUUUAUCUAGUAAGUCGCCAUUGUUGUUGACGUCGCAGGGCGGUGAUUUCACAUGGUUACGCUGCAGGGCUUACAGAGUACGACUCUAGUGCCAUAAACAUAUCAUCUGUUCAACCCUUUCAAUUUGAACUCGAGAGGAACAUUAAUGAGCAUGACAACAAUGUCGAUCGCAAAACUCUAAAAUUCUCUCUCGCACACACCCAUACUGGAUGUAAACCCAGACCAUGAUUUUGCCACCACCAAACUUCUGUUUUCUGAGUGAAUCUCUGAUCCAUGCGGGCUCCAGUAGGUCUCCUGCAAUAUUUGCGGCCACUGUGGUGUAAUUCAAUGUAAGAUUCAUCUGAAAAAUCCACCUUUUGCCACUUUUCCAGCGUCCAUCCUUUUGAUUGGCUGUGGGCCUUGACAAAUGCCACACAUUUUUGCCUGCAGGGUGGAAGGCAACAUAAAUAGUAUGAAAUAUCAACAAAUCUUAAGUGCCUCUUACAUUACUAACCAUAAAAAUGGAAAAAUUCUGCAACAGGAUGGUGCUCCAUUGCAUACUUCAAUCUCUACCUCAAAGUUCCUCAAGGCAAAGAAGAUCAAGAUCCUCCAGGACUGGCCAGCCAGUCACCAGACAUGAGCAUCAUUGAGCACGUCUGUGGUAGGAUGAAAGAGGAAGCAUGGAAGACGAAACCCAAGAAUGUUGAUGAACUCUGGGAGGCAUGCAAGAGUGCUUUCUUUGAUGUUCCUGAUGAUUUCAUCAAUAAAUUGUAUGAAUCCUUGCCCAACUGCAUGGAUGCAGUCCUUCAAGCCCAUGGAAGUCUUACAAAAUAAUAAAUUUGGAUCUCACAGCACCACGACUUCGCUUAUGUACGAUAACAUAUUUUUGUAUUUGAAUUACAUUUUUUGUUCU